UAUAAAUUAUAAAUAUAUAUAAAUAUUAAAUAAUGACGCGAGAAAAGACGAUAACGGCAACAAUAACGUUAAUUAAUUAUUAUUACCAAGAAGAGAUCGAAGUAUAUAAAUAUAUAUAUAAAUACAACCUGCAUACAUGCGUAACACACAAAAAAAUACGGACACCUGAAUAUACAUACUAUUACUUACACGGCCGCGGGAGAUAUACGUAUGUAGAUGUAUAUAUGUAUGCACACACGUAAAUAUAAAUAUAUAAAUACGAGUUUAAAUCAAGAGAGAAAGAGACAGAAAGAGGAAGAGAAUCAGACGGCGAACGGCAGACGCGAAGAAAAAGAAGUUGCCAACGAAACACACGAAGAAAGAUGAUAAAUAUAUAACUAACGAUCAUUUAAAUGUCGAUAAACGAAUUAACAGAGGAUCGAGGAUUAUCGUGAUUCGUCCCGCAACCACUCGAAGAUGCACAUUCUUGCGGACUUCAUAGCAAUCGAUGCAUAUACAUACACGUAUACACGUUAAAUCAAAAAAUAUACAUAUUUUCAUCUUCCUUUGUUCUCUUCUGUGUGCUUCCGCCUUUGCUUUUGCAAUCCUAUACAUUUUGCCACUUUAUCAAUGAAUGUCGCUUCGGUAUGCAUACCGCACACUAGUCCCAGGAUAACAAGGACGAAUCUCCUUGGCGAGAAGCACUGGAGGCGAAGAAUCAUAUCAUAUUCGAGUUAGAAAAGAAGAUGAAAAGCCUUCAAACGGAGCACGACAAGUGCAAAGAUUUGUUGAGUGAUGCGAACAACAAUGAAUCCUGGAAGGAGGAAGUAGAGGCGAAGAAUCAACGCAUUGUCCAGCUGGAACGGCAAUUGAUAUAUUAUGAGGCCCUAAAGGAUGACACGAAGCAUAAUAGAAUGAACAAGGAUAUUAAGACGAGAGCAUACAAGAAUCGGCAAACCCUUGAACAAAUAACGGAUUCAAAAGAAUUUUCUAAGAAUCAUGCGGAAAAGAUGAUAGAAUCUCGCGAAAAGGAUAACGAUGAGAAAAUGAGCGGAGAAGCGGAGGAGUCCUGGACGCAGGAGAUCGAGGCGAAGAAUCAGCGCAUUGCCGAGCUGAAGCAGGAAAUGGCAUUGCUGGAAAAUUUUCUGCGGGAAAACGUGGACACGCAAAGGCUGCACGAUCUCGAGAAGAAGAUCGAGAGAAAAUCCAAACGAACAAAAGAAUUGGAGGAUGCUGUAGAGGAGCUCGAAGGCUUUCUCAAGGAUAGCGUGAAGGAGAUACGCGAUCUGCAUCACCAAAUGUCGUUUGACAAAGAACGUAUUGUGAUGCUGGAGAAGUGGAUUCAGAAGAAUAAUCUCCUAAAUGUGGGGAUUGAUAAAGCAAGAAUCAUAGAACUGGAAGAAAUGGUGACGAAUCUGGAGAACUACGUCAAAGAGCACAACGUGGACAGUCUUAAGCGGACGCUGCAGGAUCGAGAGUGCAGAAUUAAUCAACUGGAAAAUCAGAUCGUUGACUUGGGCAAGAAAUUAUUAAAAUUCGAAAAAAAUCAAACAGUCAGUGAUACGUUAAAGAAAAAUAGCCUGUCCGACGACAGAGUAACUUGGGAAAUACAAAAAAAAGAAGAAAAAAUAGAAUUAAUGGACAAUACUUCAAAAGAGGACUUUGGAAUCCAACAGUGCGAGCAACAAAACAAGAUCCUAGAAAUAGAACUGCGUGAGAAGGAGCGAAAGAUAAAGGAGAUGGGACACGACAUUUCGGAAAAGAACAAUAUGAUCCAGGAAUACGAGCAACAGGUCGUCGAGCAGCAGAACAAGAUUCUGAAAAUGGAGAAAGAGAUAACCGAGUUGAUGCAAAAAUUAGACGCAUCGGAGAACGUUAAUGCAUUGAAGGAGAAGAUCAGAAUAAGAAACAAGAGAGUGGAGGAACUGGAGAUAAAGGUCGACUCUCUGGAAAUUUUAUUCGUCGAGAGAAUCAACGUUGCGAUGAAGGAACUAACCGCCACCUUAAAGGAAAAGGAGAAAAUAGAAUUUCAAUUGAAGGAAGAUCUCGCGGACAAGAAGCGCAAGAUAAAAGAGUUGGACAUGGCGCUUUAUCAAAACAUCGCAGUCACGAAUGAGAUCGAAAAAAAAUUCACAUAUGAGAAAAAGCUCAGGAAAGAGGCCAAUCAAAAAAUCGCUGAGUUUGAAGAUAAGAUUACACUUAUGCAUACUUUGACUACAAAAUGCAUCACAUGUCAGCCGCUCAUUGAUAAAAUAUUGAAAACUGAAGAAGAGCUUUUCCAUUCGAAUCAGGAAGAGAUCGUUGAAUUGGAAAAACAACAACAGACAAAGAACGAAUCUUUAAAAACUCAUAUUGAAAAGGAUACUCCUCUAGUUCUGUUGAAUCAUACGUAUAGCAAAACUUCAAUGGAAGCAGAACAAACGGAGAGAUUAAAAAGUAAUGAGAAGAUAUUGUUUGUAUAAGAGGAGAAUGCAAAAAGCAUCAAAUUGGAUUUUGGAGGAACAAUAAUGCAAUUAGUUAUAAAAUUGAUUAUGAAUAGAAGACUUAAAAUAUUCAAUGAUAAUGACGACAGCAGUGACAACAAUAAUUUCUUUGACGAUCAUCUUAUCAAAAUCAAGACGACAUAUUGUGGAUGACGACAGUUUACCAAUAUCAGCUGCUACGAAUUAAGAGCAUUUAAUAAAGUCGUCGAUGGUGUCUGAUUUGAGAAGCAAAGCAGAUCAAUUACAGAAUAUCAGCAGGAUAUCGGAUAAGUACUCGAGACCUCUCACGGUAUUUCAAAGUAUCGGUCCCUUCGUUAUCUCAAUGGUGUACGCAUAUACAUCCGCGAAUGUAGAGGCAGUUUGUAGAGCAUCUUUAGAAAUGUAGCGAAAAAGAAAACAACAAAACGAACCAACCACAGCAAAAUUACAACACAACAACAAUUACGCAUCAUAUAUCUAUAUUCAUCGUCAUCAUCAUCUUCGUCAUUAUUCUCUAUUAACAAUAUAUCUCAUUAUCCACCUGAUACGUCCAGCAUGAAAGAGCUAACAAGAUUUUCAACCAAAAGCUAAUUCUUCAAGGUGCUGGUAACUGAUAGCUUAUCAAGUAAAUAGGAUCCGAUAGUUUGUGGUGGCUGAAACAAAACAUGAUGGAUUCAUAAGAUGGUUUUGGAUGAAUAAUCCAGAAUAUUUGUUGUGACCAUUUAUCUUCUUCUCCCUUCGACAACUUCAGCGAUAUUUAGAUCGUUGUGGUAUCAUAAUUUGUUAUCGUUGCAAUAAUACAUUGAUAUGCGUAUUUGUGCGCUGACUUGUUGUUUAUUAUAUAAUUCUUUGCAGCGCAAUAUACAUAUACAAUAUUAUUUUAAAAUUGACGAUUUAUUAGAAGUGCGUUUCUUACGUUUAUUUCUUCGACAUAUUUAAUCCUAAGUAUAUGUGUAGUUCAAUUAGCGCUGCAAAGAAAGAAAAGUUAGACUAACAGAUGAUUGAAAUAAUAAAAAAUUCUCAGA